AUGGAUAUAGACCUUUUGAUAACAGACAAAAAAGCAAACAGCAGGUUUCCUCUUACAAGACCUGAUCUUUGCAAGAAAUGGGAAGCUGCUGUUAAAAGGAAAAACUUCAAGCCAACCAAGUAUAGCAGCAUUUGUUCAGAACACUUUACUCCCGAUUGCUUUAAAAGGGAAUGCAACAACAAGCUUCUGAAAGAAAAUGCUGUGCCCACAAUAUUUUGUUAUACUGAACCCAGUGAAAAGCCUGAAGAAUUUGCAGAACAGCCAGAAGAUCCACUACCGCCUCCGCCACCGCCUUUGUCUCAAAUAGAUGCCAGAUUUGUAGAUCCAAGUAUUGGAUUAUUGAUGCCUCCUCUCCAGACCCCUAGCAAUCUUGCUGUUUUUUGUGAUCACAACUAUACCGUAGAGGAUACAGUUCAUCAGCGAAAAAGAAUUCAGCAGCUGGAAGAACAAGUUGAAAAGCUGCGGAAGAAGCUCAAGACGGCACAACAGCGAUGCCGGCGUCAGGAAAGACAAAUUGAAAAACUGAGAGAGAUCGUUCAGUUUCAGAAAGAAAAAGACAUUUUGGCAGGAAAAGGCUAUGUGAUUCUGCCCAAUGACUAUUUUGAAGUUGUAGAAGUACCUGCCUAG